CUCAUCCAUCCAUCCAUCCGUCCGUCCGUCCGUUCGUCCGUUCACAAGCCUACACGCGGCAGCCGACGCUGUCAGAUCCAUGCGAGCAUGAAGCACGCAUCGACGAGCAGCUAGACAGCCCACCAGCCAAUCAGGCAGCCAAAACGUCCCAGAUGUGGCCCGUCUUCUACCGAUAUGCCAAUAUCUCAACCCAACCCAACCCACCCAUCUGUCCCCGUUCUAUCAGGACUAAUUGUUGGCCGGCCCGGAGGCCCCCCUGCCCCCGUAUUGCGGAUACAGCUGCGGCCUCUGCUGGCUCGCCGCCAUCGACCUAUCUCUCUCGACAACACCGCUGGAGAAAGCACCCGCCACUUGCUGCGUCACCUGUAUGCCUAUCGCAGGCACGCCACCGGGUGCUCGAGGACGGCCAGACUGCAGCUGAGGGGGCAUUGUGUGGUGAGUCGGAUGAUUGAAUGGGCGGCCGUGCGUGAGGGUCAGACCCGCCUGCUGCUCGGGGAUGAGAGGAACAGCGGACGCCGCGUUCUGCUGCUCACGCAUGUUGUAGUCCUCUUGGAACCUGUUGAGCGUCGCGAUCGCAGGCGGCGGACGGGCAGCACGGGCAGCUCCACCCCCCUCCGCACCACCACCAACAGCAGCAAAUGACGCUCCUUCCCCGGUCCUCAGCUCGCGCGGCACCGCGGGCGGCUGCACCAUGUGCGGGCCGCCAUGCACCCCCAACCGUGACUGGUGGCCGGCGCCCGAAUGCGUCGUGGGACCUGGCGUGAAUUGGGCUCGGCUGACCAGCGGGAUGGACGGCGCCGUCUGCUGCUCGCCGGGAGCCUCCUGCCGCUCCUUCACCUGGGCGGGGCGGUGAGCUGUGGUCCCCUUGGCGGCGUCUCCAGUGUUGAUGCCGUUGAUGCCGCGCCGAUUGAUGCGACUGAGGGGUGGAGGGGGCGACGGACGAUGGGCUUGCUUGCUCCGACCACCGCCCACACCGGUGUCCAUCGCGCUCGCCCCAGGGGGGCGCUCCGCCCUUCUGGUGCCCAGAUUGGUGUUGAUUCGGGCGCUCUGCGGCACUGGCGGGGGCAUUUUGCGCCGCCCUCCAGGGACGGCGGGGAUGCUUCUGUCACGCGAAUAGCCGCUUGAUGGGAUGAGGGGCGCGCCGGUGCGUCCCUGUGAUGCCGCCCGCUUGGUGCUGCCGGUCGAUGUGGUGGACUGGGGGGCCUUGUCGGCCGUGAGGCUGCCGCUGGACGACUGGUUGGAUGAUGGCGUCAUGCGCAGGGAGGUGCGGGUGGGGCCCUUGGAUGGGGUGCGGGUGCCCUCUGCUGCCGGUGUGCGAGUGCCGACACGGCGCUUGGGCGAGUGCUGGCCACUACGAGCGUCAUGGCGACGAGGCAACUACAUGAAGACAAAGAAAGAAUGGCUCGCAUGGAUGAGUGCGCUUCCCAGUGGUGUUGUGUGUGUGUACCUCUGACGGUCUGACAUUGCGUGGUCUGUUGGGGUUGGUGGUGGUGGUGGUGGGUCUGGGCACAUGUUCGACGCCAGAGCUAUACCCGCCCUUGGCCCCACCCCCACCCCCAGAGGCGUCCUGCUUGUGCCCCCAAUUCUGAGGAUUACGACGGAAGUUCCUUGUGCCAGGUCGCGGCUAAGCGGACACAAACCCGACAUGAGAACACACACACAUGAUAGUCAUCGAGCGGCGCUCACCUCUGCAGGCACAUCAGGACGCCCCCUCUCACGCUCGUCGUCCGUCACGUAGCCAUUGGUGGUAGUGUGGGACUGCUUGUGAUCCUUGGUCGGUGAGGCCUCCUGUUUGUGGGGGUAGAGGGGGAUGUUGGCCGGGCUGCGCUGCUGCGACGUGGCUGGGGCGGUUGCAUCAUCGGCUGGCUCCUCGGGACCGCCCAAACCGACCGGGAUGUUGUUGUGCGACGCUACUGCACACACCACACAUACAUGCAGGCCAACGAGGGGAUGGAAUCCCUUAGUGUGUUGUGUUUCCGUACCGUGUUCGCGUCUCAUGUGUCUGCCGAUGAGGGAAGGUGACUCCUCCUUCGCCUUCAUCUCCUCACGCACGCGGCGCAGCUCCUCGCUAAUCAGAUCAACGUGCAUUGGACAGCACAGGGGAAGAGUUCUUGACCGACCUGUUCUAUGUUGCCAUUCGUCUGUCUGUUGCUCACCCGGACUGUUGGUAUUUUUCAACAAGUUUGCGCAGCAGUGUGUCCUUGCGAUUUACCGCCUCUCUGCACAGAUCUACCUUCACCUGCAGUCGCUGAAAAACGACCGGCCGCAGACAAACACGUAUGCACAUUGGUUUCAGUGCUGAUUCGGUCGUGCGCGUCAUGUCACCUGUUCUAUCCUUUUCAGGCUUCGGUUGACCUCGGCGGCCUUCAUUUUGAAGGUGUCCAUCGCAUUCUGGGUGUGGAUCGCCGCAGAUAGCUUGGAGCGCAACGACUGCAGACACACAUAUAGCACGCACAUAGGGAGAGAGAUACUCAUUGACACACAUGAACCCCCUUAAGAGUGGUGUGUGCAAUGCUUCUUCUCACCUUGAUUUGAUCUUUCGCCUCAUCUAAGUUCCUGGGCCCCGUCUCUACGUCACCGCCAACACCGGCACCUGCCGCCCCACUAGAAGCCUCCUCUCUGGCCCCGCCCCCGUCCCCCUGGCCGCCCUCCCCCUCUCCCUCUCCCUCUUUGUCUCCCCCAUCUGCAGCACCGUCCCCCUCUUCGGUGGGGGGGUGGUCUCUCGGGUAUUUGCGGUCCAGGUCUGCAUUGUGCUGCUGCUCUGCUACUCGGAGGAGGGGAUAGUAGAUGGACCGGGGGCUGGUGUCUUCGAGCUCGGGGCGAUCGAUGUAGUCAAAUCCAUAGGGGCGAGGGGUGCUGAAUGAAAAGAAAUCAUGGCAGAGAGUUGGUUAUGUUCAUGUUUGCGGUGUUGGUUGUGUUGUGUUGUGUUUGGUCCGUGGUGCUUGUUACCGGCCCUCGCCAGUGUAGACGGAUGGCCCCUGUGCGUAUUCUGACGUCUGGGCGUGGUGGUGGUGCAUGCCUGGGUGCGGGCCGAGGAUGCCGUCAUACUCAAUGGCGUAGCCAUGCGGCACGUGGGGAUGGUCCACCACAUAUAGAUCAUUCUCCUCACCAUCACCUGCACAUCCAACACAUCCACACACACAAAUUGAACACGAAACCAAGUGAAUGAAUGGACCUGUUCUGACCACACAAAUUGAACACGAAACCAAGUGAAUGAAUGGACCUGUUCUGGUUCUUUCACCUUCUCCUUCCUGCUCCUCUUCUGCGCCUUCCUCCCCGGUAUCCUCCUCCACCACAGCAUACCCUCCCUGCCGCACCUCGUCCAAAUACGAGUCGUCCAGCGAACCAAGACGCAAAGCGGACCCGAGCAGCCCAAACGAUGGAUGGCCGCCGCCGAAACCGACAAACGCACGGCCUUGCUGGAACAUCUGAGGCACGGGAGGCAGGCUGGACCCGCCCUCGAAGGAAAAGGAAACCGAACCUGCUGCUGGCGGGCACACAGCGCUCACGUUCCUCGUGAGAGGAGGAAUCUGCGCAGGGGCGCGAUCGGAUGCAUCUCGCCCAUCAGGAAAGCUC